GGUUAUUGUAUCAAUAAUCGGCAAAAGCUCAUUAAACACGUCUGCUUUAAAAAUGAAAUUAAUUGGAGGAAUAUUUUCCUUGGGAGCUGACUGGUUUGUGAUUUGUGACCUUAGAUUGUUAGUAGGUCUGUUUCCUCAGAAAUUACAAACCAAUCAGAGUGUUUUUGAUUGGUUAUUGGUCCAAGUCGCCAACAACCAGUUUCCUGACUAUUUCAACCAAUGAAAUUCGAUCUGAAUGGCUUGUGAUAUCUGUGAAAACGGACCUAUCGACAAAAAACUGCUCUGACUCCACUCCAAUUACGUGCAGUUAUUCAAUGAAACAUGAAACGCAGCUAAUUUAAACUGGAAUCCGCCCAUAUACCGCUAAAUGUCACCAGUGUCAACUGUCCCAAGUAAUCAUAAAAAAACACAAUUCAUCAAUGGAUAAAAUAAUAACAAUUUCCACAACAAAAAUUAUUGUAAUUACUAAUUAUUGUGCUCUGUGAGCUGUAAAAAGGUCAAGGUAUAAUUACCCAAAAAUGUCGUUGUUAAAAAACGCAUUCGAACUUCCUAAUUUGGAUAAUUUAUUGAAACAUCAAGGAAUCGACUCAGAUAAAGUGGUUAUCGUAUCAAUAAUCGGCAAAAGCGCAUUCAACGCGUCUGGUUUAAAAAUUAAAUCAAUUGGACGAAUAUUUCCUUUGGGAGAAGAUGAAAGGCCAAAUAAGACUUGUAUUAAAGGAUCUUAUGACGAGAAACGCCAAAUAGUCUAUCUGCAUUUAUUCAGUCUUCUGGACACUGACGUUUUUAUAGAAAGUAUCGGAGGUUUUAGUGACGACGAAGACGUGCCUGAAGAUUUUGAUUUUCUGUCCGCGUACGACGAAAUCCAAAGUGAAUUUAGCAAAUAUCUUCUGUUCUUGUUAUAUGUGAGCCAUAUUAUCAUUGUAUCACAUCCUGGAAGCUCUUUUGAUACUAGUUACAUUCAGUAUUUUAAAGCUGUGGACGCAUUGAGCCAAAAAAUAUUAGGUAAAAUUUGCAACAGUUUAAAGGCACAAGAUAACUUAAACUCCGUUUGGGUGGCUAAUGGAAGACUGUGUGUUCCAAGGAUGCUUUUCUAUUUUGAAAGAUCAAACACCAAGAACAAAGACAUCAUCAAAAAAUUGGAGCAUAAUUUGGAAGAUAAAAUUUAUCACAUCUUAAAAAAUACAGGGAUAGUUAAAACAACUAGCUGUUCUUUAUUUGCAAUUCCAUUAAACAACGACUUUGUUUACGUCGAAGAAGCAGCUCCAAAGGAUCCGCUAACCGAAGCUGUUAGAGGAUUAGUGCAAGAUUGUAUGCCAGGUGCCUCAACGCAAAUGAAGGCUCCAUUUUCUACUGAACCGAGUUCCGAAAAAAAUUUUUUAAAGUUUUUACAUGUUCACGUUCAACAAGCUAAGGACACAGGAUUUGACGAUACUGUGGCUUCUUCAAGACCCCAGCAUGCUCCUGCAUAUUUUGUGUUACCAAUUUUAGGUCAAUGGAUCGCAGUUGCGCAAUGCCUCUUCAAUUUAAUCAUCAUAGAAGAACCGCCAAUAACCUCCGUAUGCACUGCCACACGCUUUUCCGAACAAAGAUGCCUUAAAGCCCUAUCUCUAGCUACUGCUAAGUAUCAAGAACGUUUACCGCCGCAUUAUUCCAAAUCCGAACACGAAGCCAGAUUAGCUAUAGCUUUCCGUCUAUACAAGACUGAAGCUAGAGGCCCCAAAUGUGCUCAGUACGAGCUCCAAUUGGAGGAGGAGUGUCAAGCGCUUUGGGAGAAUGGCAGACAACAAUGUACGGCUACUUCUUUGACUGGGAACCAAUGCAAAUUGCAAAAGCACGAACCUGACCAGGAACAUACUAGUGGAUUUAUAUACAGAUCUGCCUGUAACUGUGGUCGAAAAAUCAGCACAAGGGACGACCCAUUUACAGCGAUACAAGCAAACUGCCUAUUCUACCAAAGCAUGGCUGAUAAAGAAUGUGACUGUUCCGAUCUAGGACAUAUGGAAUUUCCAAUUUUUGAGCCGUUCAAUGAGGAAUUUGAAGCCGCCGCGAUUCAGGAACCUGAUGAAGCAAUGUCCGUUUUACCCGCGAUUCAGGAAACUGAUGAAGCAGUGUCCGUUUUACCAGAUAAAAGUGUUCCUCAUACUCCUGCGAAAAAAGGGCAAACUAGCACCAUGGAACAUUUACCAGGAAUGUUAACGUUAACUUCACAACCAGGACUACGUCCGCUGUUUUCCAGUUGGGCUGUGACGCGCUUGGGACCCUCUUCCAUGUACAAUCACAAAUUCGGUUUAUCUUACUCCGCUCAUCCUGGAUUUUUGAAAUCGACCAACUAUCUUCUUCCCUGGGAGAUAGCAUUUGCAUUCAGCCACGCUUGGCCAGCUGUUGGAAAAUAUCCUCCAGAUAAACAUGGAAGACCAAUAACUUGCAAGGUUUUCAUUGGAGUCGAAUAUGAGUGUUCUUAUGGUCAUAGGUUUAUGCUCUCUGCUCCAGAUAAAAUGUUAAAAGUAGCACCUGGUUGUAUGGUAAAAGAGACCGGUAAUGCAAUUGCAGAUUCUGACCUACCUUUGUAUUUUCUUUGUACUUGUCAACCAGGAAAAAUGGCACAACUUAUGAGGCUCCAUGUGGUCACUCCAAAAGCUGAGAUUUUUUGUUCUUUCAAUCCGAGAGUUCAACCAGGCGCCGGAGCUCCGAUUUUCAUUAGCUGUGAAAGACGGAUUAGACUAGCCAAAUCAUCUUACUGGGUAAUGAGACUUCCAUUUGCUUAUGUCGCCGAUAAGGAACGUUUUACCCAAGAUUUGACUGGGAAAUUGUUGCAAGGAGCUUUUGGUGUAAUUAGAGAUCCUCCUAAACCCUAAUUCAUUAUCCCUCCUGUUUUCAAUUUUAAAGUGAAGGAUGAUGGCUAUAAGGCAAUCAGAGAGCAGCAUGAAUGGAUAUCUGAAUUUAUUCUACAGAACUCGAAAAACUUUAAAAUGGUUAUUUGUCAUGGCGGCCAAAAAUUUAGUUUAGGUAUAACUGAUAUUUAUCUAUUUGUGUUGUCAGUAUAAAUGUAUUUUGUAUUUUUGUAUUCUUGUAUUUUUGUAUUCUUGUAUUUUUGUAUUCUUGUAUUCUUGUAUUCUUGUGUUCUUAUAUUCUUGUAUUUUUAUAUUCUUAGAAUUUUUGUAUUUUUGUAUUUUUAGAUUUUGUAAUUUAGAGAUGUUUUUUUUUAAACCAAAUAAAAGUACACCGAUAGAUUCCUAAAAAGAGACGCCUAAAUCCUUUUAGAGAACCUCAGUU